CCCCGUUGCGACGUCAUCAGGGGCGGCGCGCGCCGCUGCUGCAGUCGCUGCAGGAGGCAAAGGAGGCAGCGGCGCGAGCGCGGGCUGGAGAUGGCAUCCGCUACCGACUCCCGCUAUGGGCAGAAGGAGUCCUCGGACCAGAACUUCGAUUACAUGUUCAAGAUCCUGAUCAUCGGCAACAGCAGUGUGGGCAAAACCUCCUUCCUCUUCCGGUACGCCGACGACUCCUUCACGCCUGCCUUCGUCAGCACCGUGGGCAUCGACUUCAAGGUCAAGACCAUCUACAGGAACGACAAACGCAUCAAGCUGCAGAUCUGGGACACAGCUGGCCAGGAGCGGUACCGCACCAUCACCACUGCCUACUACCGCGGGGCCAUGGGCUUCAUCCUGAUGUACGACAUCACCAACGAGGAGUCCUUCAACGCCGUGCAGGACUGGUCCACCCAGAUCAAGACCUACUCCUGGGACAACGCCCAGGUGCUGCUGGUUGGGAACAAGUGUGACAUGGAGGACGAGCGUGUGGUGUCCUCGGAGAAGGGUCGCCAGCUCGCUGAGCACCUGGGUUUUGAGUUCUUUGAGGCCAGCGCCAAGGACAACAUCAACGUCAAGCAGACCUUCGAGCGGCUGGUGGACAUCAUCUGCGAGAAGAUGUCGGAGUCGCUGGACACAGCUGACCCCGCGGUCACCGGCGCCAAGCAGGGCCCCCAGCUCACAGACCAGCAGGCCCCCCCGCACCAGGACUGUGCCUGCUAGGGCCAGCCCCUCCCGUACCCCCCCCAAAACUGGUCAGUGCACCCCCUCCCCCCGUCACCCCCCGAGCCCCUCUUGCUGGGGAUCCUGCGGGGGCUUUUGCUGCUGGUAUCUCCGAAAGGGCUGCAGCCCCUCUAGGAGCCCCCCCCCCCCAAAUUCAGUUAGGCUGCACCCCCACCCCCCCUUAAUUUAUUUUUAAGCCUGGGCUAGUAGAAGACCCUCCCUGUUCUGCUUCAAUCACUCCCCAAGCCCCCCACCACUCCCAGGAACAUUUUAUCUCCUCCCAUCACCACCAGUCCCCCACCCUGGGGAGCAGGGCCCAGCCCCACCUCCCCCCCCCCACCCUUACCCAGGGUUGGAAGUGUGGAAGCUGCGAUGGGAUCCUAAACCCUCACCCCAGCUGCUGUCCCCACGUGUCCCCCCCCCCUCCACAUCACGGCAGUGAUUCUUUGCCCAAGGAGCUCCUGGGGGCUCUUUCUGCCCUCUCCUGCCCUGUGUCCCCUUCCCCUCCCGUGGAUGGCUCUCUCCUGACUCUUGUUUAUUUGUACAAAUAGAUGCUAAUUUAUGCUCCUGCCGUCCCCCCCCUUGUACAGAAGAGACCCUCCCCCCCACCCCCCCCUUGUAAAUAGGGUAGGAAGUGACGCUGUGUGCGUGACCUGCUGUGCUGUGGCCGUGGUGGUGCAGUUGUUCUCACGAUUAAUAACGAUGAUGAUUUUCUCUCUCUCUCUCUCUCUCGGUGUGCUAACCUUGCUUGUGAAUAUCACUUUUAAAACCAAUCUAUUAUUUAAAGGGUAAACCAAUGAUGAUGAUAAUGCAGGAGUGAGGCCAGCCCCAGCAAGCUGCAGCCAAUCAGCCCGAGUCUGGGGGCAGGGCUGGUGGGGAAGGAGGGAGGGAAGGGUGUGGGGAGGGCUCGGAGGGGCAGGGCUGGCUGGCUGCAGGGCGCUGGGCUCCUGUGUUCUGUAGUUCGUGUUCUGUGCAGACUGUGACCUGUGGCUGUUCUGUAGCGGUGCCGGACCCGGAGGUCUUGCUGCCCUCGGUUUUGUUUUCCUUGAAGCUGUUGUCUUUUUGUUUUACGGAUUUUAUCCUCCCCCUUCACCCUGCCUCAUCCCAUCUCCCACACCCCCAACCCCUCCUCCCUUUCCCCUUCCCUGUUUUUUGUGAAGUUUACUUCUGGCAGAGUUACUGUACUGUACAAAUGUCAAAAGUGUCAAAAGAGUUCAAUUUCCUAACAAUCACUGUAUGGAGAAAUGGUGUGAAGAAAUAAAUCGAUGCUGGUCA